AUGUCCGGGACGGACAACAAGGACGGUGGCGCUCGAGUCGAACUGCCCCGCGCCUCCAAACGGUUUGGGCCUGACAGCUCCCACGGCCGCUCGAAUCCAUUCAACGCAAUAUCUCCGCUGUCGGGCGGGGUCCCGUCGUCGGCUGCCAACCCUUCUUCCGCUUUCGGUCUAGGAUCUGGCGCAUUCGCCUCGUUCGGUGCGCCCAAGACACCAGGUGGCUCGUCUGAGGCGAAGAUGCCCAGUGAGAGUCCUGACAUGUCUGCGGAGCAGGAAGAGACCCUGAGCGCGAAGCUGUCUGUGUCCAGUGCUGGUGAACAUCCGCUCAAGUCUACCUGGAUUGUCUGGUAUCGUCCUCCUACGCCCAAAUAUUCCGACUACGAGAAAUCGACAAUUGCGAUCGCCGCGAUAUCGUCUGUCGAGAGCUUCUGGGCGGUAUACUCGCAUCUUAAGCGGCCCUCGCUUCUCCCGACGGUCUCGGAUUACCACAUCUUUAAGAAGGGUAUCCGUCCGGUGUGGGAAGACGAGGCCAACAAGCGGGGUGGCAAGUGGAUCGUGCGAUUGAAGAAGGGCGUUGCCGAUCGAUUCUGGGAGGACCUGUUGCUGGCCAUGGCUGGCGAUCAGUUUGCCGAGGCCGGUGAUGAAGUCUGUGGCGCCGUCCUCAGCGUGCGCGGUGGCGAGGAUGUCUUGAGUAUCUGGACCCGGAUCGACGGCGGUCGAAACAUCAAGAUCCGAGAGACGAUCAAGCGCUUACUCGCGUUUCCCCCCGACACCAACAUCAUAUGGAAGAGCCACGAUGAUAGCAUCGCCCAGCGGUCGGCCAUCGACCAGGCACGCCACGAGAAGGCCACGGCCGGCAGCGGUCACCACCAGGGAUCGGAGCGGCGGCGUAUGACCGGUCAUGAUGAUUCGAUGAUGGCGGAUAAAGGCAAGGCUGUGGCCUCGUGA